GAAGGAACGGGACGGCCCGGGGCAGGGUACGGGCUCUCCCGGCGGGAGUCAGGGCAGCGCGGUGCGGGAUACGGGUGUCCAGGGUACAGCCUCUCCCAGCGCUCAGCGUGAGCCCUUCACCAUGGAUCAACCUGCCCCGGCCACGGAGGUGCCCAGGACCCGGCCGGUGGCUGGGAGCUGCUGGCAGGACCCGCUGGCGGUGGCGGGAGCGGCGGGAGGGUCGGUGUGCGGCAGCCGGGGCCGAGCGGGCGGGCAGCGGGCGCUGAGCAUCGUGUGCGUGCUGGGCCGGGAGCCGGCGGCCAGCCCCGCGCUGCGCUGCGUGCGGGACGCCUGCCACAGCCUGCGGGCACGGCUGCUGGCGCUGCCCCUGGGCACGCUGGCGCUGGGACACCCCGUCACCCUCGACCGCUUCUACAACGCAGACGUGGCCGUGGUGGAGCUGAGUGACUCCGUCUGUCAGCCCUCCCUCUUCUACCACCUGGGUGUCCGUGAGAGCUUCAACAUGUCCCACAACAUCCUGCUGUGCUGCCAGGCCGAGCUGCCCCCACUCCAGGCCCUGCAGGAGGAUAUCUGCCAGAAGAACUCAGACCUCUGUGGCAGCUAUACUUUCAUCCCCUACGUGGUCACUCCCCAGAAUGAGGUCUUCUGCUGCGACUCUGGGGCCAUGAAGAGCAUGUCACAACUUUUCCAGCCCGGUUUUGAGCCAGAGGCUGCCUCCACCCCGCUGACAGCCCGGCUCGUCCAGCUACUGGAGGAUAUCCCCACAGAUUCCUGCGGGUACUUUCAGGAGACGAUCCGCCGGGACAUCCGCAGGGCUCGGGAGAUGUUCCGGGGGGAGCAGCUGAGCCGGGAGCUGUCCCGCAUCCAGCGGCGCCUGGACAGCGUGGAGCUGCUCAGCCCGGACAUCGUGGUGAACCUGCUCCUGUCCUACCGCGACGUGCAGGAUUACGAUGCCAUCAUCUCGCUGGUGGAGAGUCUCCAGGCGCUGCCAACGUGCGCCAUGGCCGAGCAGCACAACGUCCGCUUCCACUACGCCUUCGCCUUGAGCCAGCGGCACCAGCCCGGGGACCGGGAGAAGGCGCUGUCGGUGCUGCUGCCCGUGGUGCGGCGCGGGGACGGGGCAGCGCCCGACCUGCUCUGCCUCUGCGGCCGCAUCUACAAGGACGUGUUCAUCGCCUCCGGCUUCACCGACACGCACAUGAGGGACCAGGCUUUGUACUGGUACAGCAAAGCCUUUGAGAUGGAGCCUGGCCUUCACGCUGGCAUCAACGCCGCCGUCCUCCUCAUGGCCACUGGACACCAGUUUGAAACCUCUGUGGAGCUGCAGCAGAUUGGGGUGAAGCUGAGCUGCCUGCAAGGUCGCAAGGGUGGCCCCGAGGAGCUGUGCUACUACUGGGAUGUGGGCUUUUGCCUUGGAGCUGGCAUCUUGGCCAAUGACCUCACCAAAGUCAUUCAAGCCUCUGAGAAGCUCUACAAGCUCAAUGCACCAGGCUGGUACCUGGUCUCGGUCAUGGAGACCUUCCUGCUCUACAAACACUUCCAGAGGAGCCCUCAGGUGCCCUGUGCCCGGCGGGAGCUGGCUGAUUUCUGGCUGGGCUUCCUCCUGGAGGCUUGCCAGCCCUUCAUCGCUGCCCCACGCUGCCCGGUGCUGGUGCUGGAGCUGGGGAAGCUGCUGCGGCCGGCGCGGCUGGAGCUGCCUGGUGGCACAGCUGAGCAAGCCCUGACACUCACCCUCGUUUGCCCCACAGAGGAGAAAGCACCAUCGAGCUGGACCUUCGCAGCCUCGGCCAUCCGGGGCGUCAGCAUCUGCAAGUGUGAUGAGCGGGGCUGUUUCCUCUAUGUGACACACGUGAAGGAGGAUUUCCAGCUCUACUUCCCCUCCCAGGAGCACAGCCGGUGGUUUUGUGACCAGAUCCAGACCCUCCUGGGCGAGCAGGCAGGGGGCAGUGAGGAGGUGCCCAGCCCCACAGAGCCCAUCCUGGAGUACAGCUACGAGUACUCGGAGGCGGGCGAGCGCGUGGUCCUGGGCAGAGGCACCUACGGCAUCGUCUACGCCGGGCGCUGCCUCAGCAACCAAGUGCGAAUCGCUAUCAAGGAGAUCCCAGAGCGGGACAGCCGGUACUCGCAGCCCUUGCACGAGGAGAUCGCUUUGCACAAGCGCCUGCGGCACAGGAACAUCGUGCAGUACCUGGGCUCCCUCAGCCAGGACGGCUUCAUCAAGAUCUUCAUGGAGGAGGUGCCAGGAGGGAGCCUCUCGUCCCUCCUGCGCUCCAAAUGGGGACCCCUGAAGGAUAAUGAACCCACCAUCAUCUUCUACACCCGCCAGAUGCUCGAUGGGCUCAGUUACCUCCACGAUAACCACAUCGUGCACCGUGACAUCAAGGGAGACAAUGUCCUCAUCAACACCUACAGCGGGGUGCUGAAGAUCUCGGACUUUGGUACCUCCAAGCGCCUGGCAGGGAUCAGCCCCAGCGCCGAGACCUUCACGGGCACCCUGCAGUACAUGGCCCCAGAAAUCAUCGACCAGGGGCCCUGGGGCUAUGGGAAGCCGGCUGACAUCUGGUCCCUGGGCUGCACCAUCAUUGAGAUGGCCACAGGCCAACCCCCCUUCUACGAGCUGGGCAGCCCCCAGGCUGCCAUGUUCAAGGUGGGCAUGUUCAAGGUGCACCCAGAGGUGCCUGAGUGCAUGUCAGCCGAGGCCAAGGCGUUCAUCCUGCGCUGCUUCUGCGCUGAGCCGGCCGAGCGGGCGCCGGCGGCCGCGCUGCUGCGGGACCCCUUCCUCAGCGAUGCCCGCAGGGCCCGCGGCCGGGCACUGCCCCCCCCGGGGGCUGCCCCCUUGUGCUUUGGGCAGCGGGAUGAGGAUGAGGAGGGCAGGGAUGGCAGGCAGGACGCUGCGGUGGGGGGCACAGCAGGCAGCCCCCUGCCCCUGCAGCAGCCUGGUGAGACACCCUCCAGCAACAGCUACUCAAGUGCUGCCCAGGCCUUGGGGGGCUCAGACUGCAGCCAGUGCUGGUGUUGCCAUGGGGGGAGUGUGGCCAUGUCCCUGCAGCAGGACAGCAAGUGCAGGGCCAUGCUGCAGCAGGACAGCAAGCACCAGGCCAUGCUGCAGCAGGACAGCAAGGACCAGGCCAUGCUGCAGCAGGACAGCAAGUGCAGGGCCAUGCUGCAGCACGUCCUCAGUGCCCGGGCACCCGAUGUCAUCGCUGCGCUGGCACAGAGCCAGAGCAUGUCAGGGGGGAGGUUGGGCUCAGAGCAUCUGGCUCAGCUGCUGAGCUGCCUGAGGAGCUACAUCCAGCGCCUCGACCAGCACCAGCUGCGCCAGGAGCUGCUGGCACUGCAGAGCCGGCUGCAGACACAGGGGCUGAGCCUCCUUCACUUCCAGACUCCUCUCUUCAGCUUCCAGGCAGUAGUGAGGCGGGUGCUGCGCCAGCACCACGUCAGACCCCACUGGAUGUUUGCACUGGAUGAUGCUGUGAGCCAGGCGGUGCAAGCGGCUCUGGCCGUGCUGCAGAGAGAGCUGGCACUGCAGGACAGCUGCCUGGAGGGAGGCAGCACCAGGGACACAAAUGAUGAGGACAACCCUGUCUCAGCGAGACUCUCCACCCCCAGCAGCCAAUCCCAGUGGCUCAGCACCAGUCCAGGGCUCAGCACCAGUCCAAGGCAUAGCACUGAUGGGCUCAACAUCAGCUCCAGCACCCCAUCAGACCCACUGCCCUCCCUGCAGCCACGCUCAGCACUGCUGGCACAGCUCUGCCACCUUCGUGCAGAGACAAACAGGCUGCUCCAGAAGCUGGCUGAGAAGGAGCAGGAGUGGCAGCAGCUGAUGCAGCGUGUGCUUCACUCCGGGGAUGAUGCCACUGCAGUGCCCAGACAGCCCCAGCCCAGGGGGGAGCAGGGGGAGGCCCUCCCAGGCUGCUCCCCCCUUGGGCAGGAUCACUCAGCCCCGAGCCCCCAGCCCCCCCCAGGCGGGGCUGACCCCCUCCUCCUGGCGUGGCUGCAGCAGCACGGCACCGACCCGGCCACCACGGCCACGCUCCUCUCCCACGACUUCACCCUGCAGGACCUGCUGGGCUGUGCCACCCGUGACGACCUCCUCUACAUGGGCGUCAGGCGCGGGCCCGUGUGCCGCCUCUGGGCUGCCAUCCAGGAGCAUCGCCAGCCCCUCGCCCUGCAGGAAGGGCAACGAGCCCCCAGCUCAGGGCUGUGACACGGGGCUGGGGGCACCCAGACCCUGGAGCUGCCCCCAGAACUUCUCCCCUGGGAGAUGGCAGGACAGCCCAGGAGGGAACAGCCAGCCCCAUGGCAGGAGCAGCUGCAGCCCCAUGGCCGAGGGAG